ACCUGACGUGCAUGUUUUUGGACCGUGGGAGGAAGCCGGAGUACCCGGAGGGAACCCACGCACACACGGGGAGAACAUGCAAACUCCACACAGAAAGGCCCUGAGUCCCGGCCGGUAUUGAACCCUCGACCUUCUUGCUGUGAGACACAAGCGCUAACCACUGCACCACCGUGUGGCCCUUCCUUUAUUUGCAAUGACUAUCAUUUCCAUUUUAUUAUCAUCUUUGUAUUAUUAUAGAUAAAUAUAUAGUAGGUGUGACUACAUUCUGUUAUAGUUUAUAUACUCUUGCUCUGUAUAACAUGGGAAUUUCAUUGUAAUUUCUUUGACAAUAAAUGUUUAAAAAUGUGAAAAAAGUUGUACUGAGGCCUCCUGUCCUCAGGGGGCGCUGUGGAGUGUCUGUUGACUGAGGGUUUCACUGAGGCCUCCUGUCCUCAGGGGGCGCUGUGGAGUGUCUGUUGACUGAGGGUUUCAUUGAGGCCUCCUGUCCUCAGGGGGCGCUGUGGAGUGUCUGUUGACUGAGGGUUUCACUGAGGCCUCCUGUCCUCAGGGGGCGCUGUGGAGUGUCUGUUGACUGAGGGUUUCACUGAGGCCUCCUGUCCUCAGGGGGCGCUGUGGAGUGUCUGUUGACUGUAGCGAUGUUAGCAUCACAGCUAACAUAGGCAGCGGUGUUCGGUCCUUCCAGAGUCCGCGGCUGAGUGACCCAGCGGCGGCCGCCACCAUGACCCUCUCCCUGCGCGCUGGCUAACAUGUUCAUCACGCUGUGCUACGUCUACAUGUGGGUCCGCUUCCACAGGUGCUACUCGGCGCUGAUCCGCAGCAGCCUGUCCAGGCUCCACAGCCGCAGCUUCGGCUUCAGCUUCAGCUCCGGACCCGCUCCGACCUCUGCAGCCGUCACCCCCGGAGGACCCGCAGCCCCGGCUCCCCUCGACGGAGCCGGCGGACCCGCAGCCGUGUUCCUGCAGCUGGGAGACAAGACGGUGUGUGUGACGGUGCCUGAGAGGACAACAGACAGCGGUCCAACCAUGAGCUCCCCAGAGGACGGAGGUGGACCAGGACCACCAGAGACUGAAGGACCAGGACCACCAGAGACUGAAGGACCAGGACCACCAGAGACUGAAGGACCAGGACCACCAGAGACUGAAGGACCAGGACCACCAGAGACUGAAAGACCAGGACUACCAGAGACUGAAAGACCAGGACUACCAGAGAGAGAAGGACCAGGACUACCAACGAGAGGAGGACCAGGAUCACCGGAGACUGAAGGACCUUGCCUGGUGUGUGACCUCAGUAAAUGGACAGUCCUGGGUUCUUCUGUGGUUUGCGGAUCAGCAGCUGAGAACGUUUCCUUCAUGGUAGAAGCUUCCGGACUCUCUUCACUUCAUCCAGAGACUGACAGCGUGCUGCGCUGGUCGGACCGCUGCACCCCUCUGGCCUGCCGUGCCGGUCCUCCGUUCAGAGCCGUGGCUCAGGCCAGCAUCGAGGACUUCUGCCUGCUGGGAGUGGCUCUUCUUGAGGACCGCCUGCAGCUGGACGAUGGACUGCUGCCUUCCAGGAUAGUCCCUGUCCUCCUGCAGCAGUCGGCGAUCAGUACGCUUCUGGACCAGCGGCGUCCACAGGCUCCGCGGACGGUGCUGUCUCUGCUGGGGGAAGACCUGCGGCCCCCGCAGCCCCUCCAGACCCGGAAAGGCAGCCUCCUGCUGCCCCCCGAUGGACUCCAGAGGCUAGAGGAGAGACGCAGCUCGGAGCCUCUGCGCUGCACUCAGGACCCGGACCCGGACCUGGACCUGGACCCGGAGGACCGGUCCUCGGGGACUCAUCAUCACAUGGAGGGCCACGGACACCACCUCCACCUGUCCAGCUGCCAUGAGUGCUUGGAGCUGGAGAACAGCACUAUUCUGUCUGUCAAAUAUGCUUCAGCGGAGAACAUCUCGGACUUCCCUGAUGAGCGCUCGGACGGGAUGGACAGCGGCGCCGAGGGUGUGGAGGAGCUGGAGCAUGACGCUGAAACGGGAGGACUGGACUCUCACAGUAAACCUCCAAACGUCCUGGUGUUCAGCGGGGACAGUCAGGAGCGUUUCCAGGCCGUCCAGCAGCUUCUGUCCGAGUGUCUCAACGUAGAGCAGAACAUCAUCUAUCACCUGCAGCCGCAGCAGGCGCUCGGCGACCCCUGGCUGGAGAACACCAGGCUGCUGGUUCUGGCAGAACCCGACGCGCUGAGCCCGCAGCUUCAGACGCGUUUCCUGACCUACCUGAGCCUGGGGGGUAAAGUCCUGGGCCUGUCCUCCAGCCUGUGUCCGGCCGGCCUCUGUCUGGAGCUCCGGGCCGGGCGGCGCAUGCAGGUCAGCAGGCUGAGCUUCACCAGAGAGGACAGCUCCGAGGUGGAGCUGAGCGCGCUGGCCAGCGGCCGGGUCUACAUCCGAGACGCCCAGGGCGGCGGGGAGGUGGAGCUGUGGGGGGAGCUCCGAGGGAACGCCCCCCACGAGAGGGACAUGGUCAUCGUCAGGGUGACUCACGGCGAAGACGGAGGAGAAGCAGUGCUGUGUCAGGUCCACUUUGAGAUUGCAGCUGACUCCCAGAAUGUGUGUCCUGCUGAUUUUGAUGUCCUGAAGUUGAGCAGCGCCCUGCGUUAUGAAGUCCUGACGGAGAUCCUGACGUCGUUGGGUCUGAGCUGUGAACCCGGCCCCGCUCCGGCGCCCAGCCCGGUGCGCCUGCUGGCUACAUCUGAGGACUGUCGGAGCCGAGCGGUGACGUGGCUGAGAGCUCGACCCGGCGGCGGCGUGCUGGCGUUACCCAGGGCCCGCCUCAGGAUGUGCUCCUGCUCAGAGCUGCAGGACCCCGCCGGCCCGACCCCCGGCCCGACCCCCGGCCCGACCCCCAGCCCGACCCCCGGCACGCUGCCCCUGCUCACGGACUCCCCGAGCCCGGCUCAGUUCAACAUGGAGACCUAUAGGAGGAACCUGAAGACCAAAGCUCUGGGACACGUGCUGCUGUACGCCGAGGCCGUCACUUCCACCAUGGACCUGUUGGAAGGAGAUGACCUUCACCUGGUGUGCUUCACUGGCAGGAGGCUCUCCAGCCGGCGCCACCUGGAGGAGGACAACAUGCAGAAAGAGGAGGAUGUGGGCAAAACACUCAUUUGCCUCAUAACUCUGCACACCCUGGACAGACAUCAGCAAACAAGUCAGAUCCAGACAGCGUUGGAAAGUUACUUUUUUUUUUUUCAAAUAUUUUUAUUAUUUCCUUCACAUGAAAAAAAAAAUGCUUGGUUUACAGAGCUUUGUCGUUCUAUACAGAGUACAUUGCGCGGAAGUGGCUGUACACCCCCCCCCCCCCCCCGCCCCUCCCCCCCUUCCCCUUACCCCCCCCCCAAACAAAAAAGAAAAACAGAACAGAAUCCACCUCGUCCCACCCACCAUCCACCCACUGUCACUGCCCAAAUGGAAUGUUCAUUUCAGGAAUGGGUACAAGCUCAUGAAACUGGGUUUAAGUAAUUAAAGAGCUUUAAAUGCCUUCAACAGGGGGGCCAUGUGUCCUGAAAGACACCAGGAGUUUGUUUUAAUGAGCAUCUUAUCUUUUCUAAUUUCAUCCUGCAGCCACUGACUGUGCAAAGGAGAAGCGUCCUUCCAUUUAAGUAAAAUGGCAUGGCGUGCUAAUAGUAAGGCAAAGGCCAAACACUGUUUUUUAGAGGAGCUAAGACGAUAUUGUUUCCCAGGGACUCCAAAGAGAGCUGAGAUUGGGUCCGGCUCAAGCCUUAAACCUAACAGCUGAGAUAAAGUGUUAAAAAUUGUCCUCUAAAAGUUGUCCAAAAGUGGGCAAGACUAGAACAUGUGGCUAAGGGAGGCCUCUGUCUGCCUGCAUCUGGUGCAUAAGGGGUCAACCUCAGGAGACAUAGAGGACAACCUGGCCUUGGAGAUGUGUGCCCUAUGCACAAUUUAAAAUUGAAUUAAUCGGUGGCGCGCACAAAGUGAAGAUGAGUAGACUGAUUUGAGUGCAUCAGCCCAGACAUCCUCGGUUAUGAUGGCACCCAAAUCCUCCUCCCAGGCCUUUUUAAAUUUGCCCUCUUGGGAAGUCUUAAGUUCUGAAAUAAUAUUGUGCAGUUUGGAGAUGAGGACCCUUGGACGGCUUCAGUGAUAAAAUUGUAUCGAGUGAGUUUGACAAAUCGGACAGCAUCUGCAGAAGAAAGUGUCUGAUCUGAAGGUUGCGAAAGAAAUCAGACUUUAAAAGAUUGAAUUUCUCUGUCAACUCUGUAAAGGAUUUAAUGGUACGGGAUUCGACCAAAUGUGCAAAACGAGUGAUCCCCUCUCGGUGCCAUCUCUGAAAGCCCAUGUCUGUUGUAGAAGGUUUAAAGAGUGAGCUUACAGUAGGACUCCAGACAGAGAAACUAACAAGGCCGACAUGUUUCCUGAAUUAACCCCAGGUUUUUAACAAAUGUUUUACUUCAGGAUUAUUGAGUUCUUUAAUUGGAAGUAAGGCAGAACGUGCAUCGGCCAAAGGCGAGUUACCCGAGGAGAAGUCUAACUCAGUCCAGUCAGGGCUUGAGGCUGUUCGUAGAGGGAGGACCAGUACACCAGACAUCUCAAAGUGGCUGCCCAGUAAUAAAAUCGGAAAUUUGGUGGGACGAGACCCCAGCAUGUUUGGCCUUUUGAAGAUGUGUUGUACUUAACCUUGGUCGUUUGCCUUGCCAUAAAUAGGAGGAUAUGAUCGAGUCGAGUUGUUGAAAAAAUGAAUUGGGAAUAUAAACUGGCAAGGUCUGGAAAAAAUAUCAAAAUUUGGGAAGAAUGACCAUUUUAACAGAGUUCACCCGACCCACGAGAGACUUUGAUAAAGGUGACCAUUGAGAUGUCAACUGCUUGGUCUGAUUUAACAGGACAGACGAGUUCUCCUUGAACAGAUCCUUGUUGUUUUUGGUAACCGUUACACCUGGAUAUAUGAACUUAUUUUGCUCAACCUUAAAGUUGAAGCUAGAAAAAUCUAAGGCCCUUGCCAAAUCAUUUAUUGGGAGCAAUUCACUUCUGCUGAUAUUGAGUUUAUAACCUGAGAUAGUACCAAAGUGAUCUAAUGGUGUUGAAGCAUUAUUAAGUGAUUGCAAUGGAUUAGAGAUAUAGAGCAAAAGAUCAUCCGGGAAAGUUACUUUUAAAAAGUAUUUAGUUGUAGUUACUCCAGCUCAGCUCUCAGCUGAACGCCGGAGUAGGAAAACCCAGCUGCUAGCUCGAG